UGCAAGUUGGUCCCUCAACCCAUUGGCGACUUUGUGUCUUCACAGCCCAGCCAGAUGGAGGACACCAUGUCUGGGGAGGAGGGGGAGGAGGAGGAAGAGGAGGAGGAGACAGCCCCAGCCCCAGCUCCUGCCCCUGCCCCUGAAGACCCCGUGGAGCCCCAGCUGACAGAAGCCAGCCAGGUUCUUGGUGCCUCGGAGAUCAGGCAGCUUAGCCUCCACCUUCCCGCACGAGUCACCGGCCACCCCUGGAGUCUUGUUUUCUGUACGUCGAGGGACGGCUUUAGUCUGCGGAGCCUGUACCGGCAGAUGGAAGGCCACAGUGGGCCAGUGCUCCUGCUCCUGAGGGACCAGGAUGGGCAGAUGUUUGGCGCCUUCUCCUCCUCAGCCCUUCGACUCAGCAAGGGCUUCUACGGCACAGGCGAGACAUUCCUCUUCUCCUUCUCCCCACAGCUGAAGGUCUUUAAGUGGACAGGAAGCAACUCUUUCUUUGUGAAAGGAGACUUGGAUUCCCUGAUGAUGGGCAGUGGCAGCGGCCAGUUUGGGCUAUGGUUAGACGGAGACCUGUAUCACGGGGGAAGCCACCCCUGUGCGACCUUCAACAAUGAGGUGCUGGCCCGGCGCGAGCAGUUCUGCAUCAAGGAGCUGGAGGCCUGGGUUCUGAGCUGAUGCCCUGUGCCAGCAGCUUCCUGGGCCACAGGGACUCAGACCUGCUCAUGGAUGCUGUCCAGGUCUUCCUCACAUGGGGCAGCCCCUUCUGAAACUAGGAUGACAUACUCAUGUUGACUCUGGCUGUUGGACAGCCUCCUUGUGGCUUGAGGACAGACAGGUAUGGGGGCAGACACUGUUCUGCGUAAGUGAUCUGAAUAUGUGAAAGACACACCUUACCCAAGAAGCAAAGAGUACCUCAUGAAAAUUACUGUUAUAGGAAUUCAACAGUGAAUACAUGUUUAUUGUAGAAAACCCAGAAGACACAGAAAAAAUUUUAAAUUGCCAGGUGUGGUGGGACACAGCUACUUGAGAGGCUGAGGCAGGAG